AUGCCGUUGCCAGGCGAGGGGGGAAGCCGGGACGGCCAGUCGUCCAACGCGGGGCCGUCGGCGGGGGCGGCAUCUGCGGUUCUGGAACCGCACCUUGGUCUGCUUGGGCCUGAUUCGGCGCCCGAAGACCACGCGGCGGCCCCGCCACCUACGGGCGCCGCCGAGAGCCAGGGACGGCCUGAGGCACCGAGGCCGACGCCAGCCCCUGAGCCGAGCGCGCCUAAGCCAAGUGCACCGGCCGAGCCAGGGCUGGCAAGCACGGCGGCGGAGUCGGGGCUGACGGGCGCGGCGGCGGUGCCGGGGCCGGCGGAGCUGGGGCCGGCGGACGUGGCGGCCGAGACGGGGCCAGCGGAUGCGGCGGCCGAGACAGAGAUGCAGCUACCGCCCGAGCGUCCGGCGGCGUCCGAGCCCACCCCAAGCGCGCUGAGCGCGGGGCGCGAGAGGCGGAGCGCGCCGCUCUGGCCACGGAAAGAGCGCGCCGCUCUGGCCACGGAAAGAGCGCAGCUCGCCGCGGCUUGGCGCGUUUUUGACUCUCGCCUUGCCGCGGCGCGCGCCGCCAACGAGGAUGAGCAGCGCGCCAUGGAGGAGGGCCGGAAGGCCUUGGAGGAGGCCCGCGCGGAGGUCGUGCGGGAGCAGAAGGCUCUGGAGGACACCCGCGCGGAAUUCGCACGGGAGCGGGAAGACACCGCCCGCCUGGCCGAGCCGAUUUUUUUUUCUUUCCUCCACCGCACGUUGCACUUGCGUGCUCCUGUUCCGCCGGCUCGGAUCACCGUCGUUCCAUCGGUUGCCGUCGGCGUCCGCCCCGCCGCUGCUGCAAUUGCGCCACCGCCGGACCCCGCAGUCCCGCCGCCGCUCGAUUUGCGUCGCUGCUGGACGUCGACGGGCUCCCCCGCCGCCGACCUCGCUUCGCGCCGCCCCGACGCCACCGAAAGCGCGCCGCCACCCUCUCCAGUCCAGCCGCCGCCUUCUUCGCACCGCCGCCGCCCGAUUUGCGCCGCUGCGGAUCUCAGCCCCGCCGACGGUGGCUCGCCUUCCGCUGUCAGUCGCCGAAACUCGCUGGAACUCCGCUGUCAGUCGCCGGAACUCGCCCUCCGCCGCCAGUCGCCAGAAUCUACCGCUGUCGGGGACUCGCCCUCCGCCGCCAAUCGCCGGACUCCACCGCCCUCCCCUGCUGGCGCCGUGUCUCUGCUCCUCUCUCUCUUGCGGUGCCACGGAUGUUUAGCACUGUUGAACAGAGCCGCUAGCACCAGCAGAGGGAAGAGGUAA